AUGUAUAAAAACAACCAGACCACCAUUACUGAAGUCAUCCUCUUGGGAUUCCAAAGCUCCAAAGAAAUCAGCAUUGUUCUUUUCAUUCUUCUCUUCAUGGUUUAUGUUUUGACACUUUUUGGAAACCUCUUGAUCAUCACACUGGUCUACUACAAUAAAACCCUCCACACUCCAAUGUACUUCUUCCUCAUCCAGCUCUCGCUAUCUGAUAUUCUGCUAACCACAGAUAUUGCCCCAUACUUGCUGUAUACGUUACUUCAUGAGGGUGGAACAAUGUCUUUUACAGGCUGCAUUUUCCAACAAUAUAUUUUUGAUGUGAUAGAAUCUACUGAGUGUCUUCUUCUGACAGUGAUGUCUUAUGACCGGUACUUGGCCAUCUGCAAGCCUUUGCAUUACACUUCUAUAAUGAAUGGGUUGCUUUGCGUAAUUUUGACCAUCAUUUCCUGGUUGUUUUGCAUUUUUUCCACAUCGAUUGCUGCAAUGACUAUAGCUUGGCUUGAUUUUUGUGGACCAAAUAUAAUUGACCAUUUCUUCUGCGACGUGUCACCAGUGUUAAAGCUUUCCUGUUCAGAUACAUUCUGGGUUCAGUUGGACAUGAUAUUGAAUAGUGUACCUCUUCUCUUCUUCCCAUUCCUAAUUAUCAUCAUAUCAUACACUUAUAUUAUUUUUACCAUCUUGAAAAUUCCAUCCAAGACUGGAAAACAGAAGGCGUUCUCCACCUGCAGCUCUCACUUGACGGUGGUUUGUAUAUUUUAUCUAACACUAAUUGUUAUUUAUGACCUUCCAACAAGUGGACAGUCAUUGACUAUAAGCAAAGCAGUAUCACUGAUCUAUACAGUGGGGACACCACUGAUGAAUCCAGUCAUAUACAGCUUGAGGAACAGAGACAUAAAGAUGGCUUUUGCCAAGUUAAGAAAGAGCUUUGGAAAUUUUUAG